AUGCUGCGGCUACUGUCUCUAGCGGCCAAGGUCUCUACAGCCGUGGUUGUUAGUCUCCUCACCUAUCGCGGGGUACAGCUCUACUUCAAAAAUGAUAUUACUAUCUACAUCACCGAGGUGGUUCACCUGCCUACCGCGGCAGUGCAGCGCGGCCGGCAGUCGUCACCCAAGAGCGACGAAAACCUGAGCGUCAUCAUCGAGGGCACAGUAGAGAUGGAGACGUGUGUCAUGAACAGUUACCGCCUCCUCCUCAAAUUGGCCGGCCACGUGCGGAGCUCCUUGUUUGACGCCAACCUCAACUCAACAAGUCUGUGCAGCUCGCGGCAUCGCGUGCUCUCCGUGCACGCGAGCAACGCAACAGUAGACGACUUUUCUUUUACGCGCCUUGGCGACAACUACGGCCUGUCAGCAUCCUCCAGCAACCACAGUAGCGGUGGCACUCAGCGGCACGGGCCGUCGCUCGUUAUCACAAACGUGGACCCCAUUGUUGAUGCCUACGAGGCAGAUGCCACUGGCGCGCUCGUCUUCACGCCGGCCUGCGUCGGGGACGGUGUGUUGUGCCGCUUUACGUGUGUCACCUCCAUCGGCGCGACCGAGGACGCUGGCAGCGCACCAGGACGCUCCGGGAAUGCCUCCUCAUCCCUGACACCAGCCUCCUCGACAGUGCUCUCACCGCAGCCGUCAGGCAACAUUGGCCUCGGCAACAUCUUCGUGCGGAGUUGUUUUCUUGGGUCAGAUGGCGAGGUGGCCUACGGCCAGCGACUGACAAUCGAGUUGGAGUUCAUCCGCCCCGUCUUUGGUGCGCGAGUGCUCAUCCGGCUGCCGAGCCGCCACUGCCGUCUUCACCACAGCCACACCGGUGGCGUUGGCAGCGUGACUCAGCUGCUCCACCAGCCACGCAAGUGCGUGUGGGACAUCGGCGCAGUGUCCGAAGAGAUGUGCGCCCUAUCCUGCAAUGGCACCGCAACUUUAGGGUCGGCGGAAGAAGUCAUGGAAGAUAACCUGGUGCGUAGCGCCGUCAUCCCUGCCGCGUCCUUGUCAUCCGUGGCGAAGUCGCUCGCGAGGUUAGAACUGGUCUUCGAAGAGCUCCCACCAGCAUUAUCUUUUGGUGAAGAUGGCGAGGAGGGGGAGGCGACAGACAGCGCCGAUGACAAUGAUAGUCGGUUUAGCAGCACCAGCAACGCCGGCAGCGGUGUCACACACACACCGCGCCGCCAGUCGGCCAAUGCCAGGUUCAUCAGCACCCAGCGAUGCGUGAGCAGUACGAGAAGAGCACUGACGCCGAUGGGCAACACCACAAAUCGUGCUUGCAAGCGCGAGGAGCGGAGGCGCAAGGCGAACGAGAAAGCCGCACGCAUCCAGGAGGGCGGGAACAGCAUUAGCACGCGAGCAGCUGGUGACGAAGGUGUUCCGACUGUCGAAGUUGUGUAUAGCGUGAAUCAUUUACUCUCCGGCACAUCCGUGAAGAAGCUACAGAUUGUCGAGGAGCGGCCAAACUGGACUCCUCAAAGCCGGCUCGAUCACCUCCUCAUCCGUCGUCUAGUUCCAGGGCUGGAGAAGUUAAAGCUGAAGAAGUACGCGCACUACGCGACGUGGUUUGUACAACCCGUCGUGGUGUCACGGCUGUAG